AUGGGUUUAUUUGGGAAGACUGUCCCAAAGACUGCAGAGAAUUUUCAAGCACUGUUCACUAGUAGCCAAGGGAAAGGGAAAAGUAGGGAGCCUCUGAGCUACAAGGGGAGCACAUUCCAUAGGAUCAUACCUCAGUUCGUGAUCCAAGGAGGGCAUUUCACACGUGGUGAUGGACGCAGUGGAGAAUCAAUCUAUGGCGAGAAGUUUGAGGACGAGAGAUUCAAGCUGAAGCACACUGGUCCAGGUAAAUCUACUAUUAGCAAUUCAUGGUUUUAUCUUUUAGAGUUUCUGCGAUCUUAGUGCAAUUGGGACUUAACUAAACCCUGAGUAAUCUUACUCACAAAAACAGGAGUGAUAUAGAUGGAAAAUUCUCGUAAAUUUCAGUCUUUCGUUUUGGUAGCCAAAUCGUUGCAGCUUAUCAACUCACAUAUUUUCCCCUCUUCUCUCUGGAAUGGGAAAGGCUGGAGGUGCAUCAUGUGGUGUUUGGGAAGGUGCUUUCUGGGAUGGACAUUGUUCACAAGAUCGAAGGCCAAAGCAGUGGUGUCCAGGAAAGCAAGAUCAUCAUUGUAGACAACGGGGAAAUGCAUAUGUAAGUGUAAAACAAGUAUUCUCUCUCUCUCUCUCUCUCUUUUAUCCUUCCCCUUCCACAGCCUGAAGAACAGGUGCCUUCCUAUUUCGCACACAACCUGUUGUAACUUGGUAUGCCUAUAUGCCGCUAGCAAGGGCCAAGGAACAUUGUUACCUCUGCGGCCUUCUGUCGCAAUUCGCCUAUUUAUACACUUGUGUUUUGAACUCACCUUAGUGAACUGUGACUGGACAUCCCUAUAUCUAUAUGCCC